CUUCGACAAAUAUAAUAAUAAACUUACCACUGAUGCGCAUAAUCUCGGAUAUCAUGAAAUAUUAUUUCAUGUGUUACACAUUAUAAGAAGUGUUGUGUGACUUACGAGGAAUUUACGCAAGAGCAACGCAGCUCACAGGAACUCCCACACAAAGCAUGCACAAGUGGCGACGCCUGCGGCGUAGCAGCGUCCGCGGUAUAUAAGGACGGUCAGGCGCCCCACACUGCAUUUGGUCUCUAGGGUCCACAAGCGUCGAGAUUCUCUCCGAGAUGAAACAAGCGAUGACGGCAGUGAACCCUGUAAUGGCUGUCGUGUUGCUGCUGACGCUGGGCAGCGCAGCGGGGCACAAGCUCGGCAUAGGGCCGUGCCCCGACGUGCCAUCUAUGAAGAGCUUUGAUGUCAAUCAGUUCUUCGGAAAAUGGUUCAUCAACGAAGUCUAUGCGAACAUCAACACGUGCAUGACACUCACGUUCGCGGCGAUACCGAACUCGACGACUGAAAUUAAAGCCACUCAGGGUCGGCAACUGCCUGCCCUGGACGCGGUUAAUGUGAAGCACACAACCACGUACGUGGGAACCAUCAUCACGGGGCCCCAAGAGGCCCCGGCCAAGAUGACCAUCAAGUGGCCGCUGUCAGGAGCGAUACUGGGACGCAUGGCGUACACGGUGAUCGACACCGACUACAAGAAUUACGCUCUAACAUACGAGUGCAGGUCAUUCUUGUUCGGACGCUACUAUUCGGCUACAAUCCUCACCAGGGAGACUCUUCUUGACCCAACAGUGAUGGAAGAGGUUAAGAAAAAGGCUGCUGAAGCCGGCCUCGAUACCAGCCUCUUCAAAGUUGUGAGUCAGAAAACCUGCACCGCCCCGGGUGAAGGUAUAGACUUCAGUCAGCACGAGGAUGCCUACAAUCUGCUAGGGCUCAUCAGUGACGACAAACUACAGGCAAUCAAAACAGACGCGCAACUCAUCGAGAUUCUCGGGCACAAGCCACCAGCCCAGCCGUAAAAUAUCGAAAUUACAGGGGGCUUCUUUUUGAA